UCUUACUGACACUUGACAGUGACAAUUCCAACCAAUUUUGUUGUUUCUUUGGUCUUUUACUUUGUUCUCUUGGAAAACGAAAAUUACUUUUCGAAAUAACAACUUGCUAUUGUUAUUGAAGAGAUACAAAGAUGAUUCAACCGGAUUAUCCAUCAGCGAUGGGUUUGCUAGCCCAUUUGAAUUCCGAUGAGCUUAAAGAAAUGUUAAACGACGAUACAAAGUUCGACGCUGUGCUUAAGGAUGUAAAACAGGUUAAGGAUUGGGAGACAGAAAGGGAGAUGAUCAUAGCAAGCAACAGAUCAUUAGCAGAAUUCAACCUGGGCAAAGAACCAGAAAUGGACCAACUAAAGGCAGAGGUCCAAGAGAAAUCUGAGAUGGGAGAACAAUUGUGCACCAGGAUUCAAGAGUUACUGGAUGAGUACAAAACAAAGUCGGCCGGAAUCUCUCCUGACACAACACAAGCCUUACUGCAAACAGCUGCUGCAGAAUCAGAGGAACAAUCAGAAAAUAUUGCUCAAGACUUCCUCUCGGGAAAUAUAGGUGUUGAUAAAUUUCUAAAAGACUUCGAACCUAUUCGUAAAACAAUGCACAUAAGAAAGUUUAAGGCGGAGAAAAUGGCCGAGUUACUGAGAACCAGUAGUCAAGGUUACGGUAAUGGUGUGACAAAACCGUAUUUACCAUACCCAAGCUAUGGACCUCCUCAGGGCGUGCCAAGCGUGCCAUAUCCGAUGGGACCUCUCAAUAUGCCAAUGCCAGGAAUGUUUGGAAAUCAUUUCUGAAAACCUCUAGUACCAUGUUGUGUUCAUAGGGCAGAGUAAAUACCUGCAUAUUCAGUUCACCUGAAGAUUUUAAGUUACUGUGGGUGGCCAUGCACUGUUAUAUUUUUAAACUAAAAUUAUUAAAUAUCAAAUGUAUAUGCUAGUAUUUUAAUCAUUAGAAGUUUUAUUGUAUGUCAAUUGUAUGUUUAAGAGGAAAUAGCUAAUUCCACACUUUUGUUUUGACCACAAAACUGUCCGCUUCAUGUUGGUGCUUAGUAGAGAAAUAUGUGAUUGUAAAUGAUUCUAUUUAAUAAUCUUACAUUUGUUGAAAUUUAGAAUAAUCGAUUCUACAAGAAUAGAGCACCAAUGGUAUAUUAAAAUCGAAUAGAAAUUAAAAGAAAUAUAAAUGUUGUGGUAACUUUUAAUGUAUGUGAUUAUUGCACAUACCUGGUAUCAUUUUUUUUAUUUGUUUUAACAUCUUCAUUUUUCUUUUUAUUUUAGCUCAAUUUAAUGCUAAUUUUAUAAAUAAAUAUUUAAAUGUUACUGGAACAAAAAAUAUAACUAUAAUGUACAAGCUCAUAAUUUGAACAUAGAAAUAUUCAAUAUUUAGUGAUAAAAACAAGUAUGAUGUGUAAAGAGUAAAUAUAUGUGAAUUUAAUUUC